AGGCCAUUAACAGGUAGCGCUACAUAUACCUCCAUACAAUGGCCUACAAAAAUCCGUGGUACUCCACCUUGACUCCCUGGCUGCCGCAGACUGGUCCACAUUCUUCAAAUCCUGGCAUCAGCCGCGUCCCUCUGAUCCUUUGCUGCUGUGGUCCACAGCCUGAUGAUCCAGUUCUGUAGCGUUACCCCUGGUUGCAGACAUCUCAACAUCUCAUUGCAGCUCAAACUGGCUGAAAUUGUCAUGCCUCACUAGCCCUCACUAGCCUCCCGACAUCUUCAUCGCUUUGUUCAAAAAAUAAAAAAGGCAUCGAAGUUCAUCAAAGUCCAAAGCAGGGUAAUUUUUGACGGUGUAACAGCUAGCCUAAUACUGUAAUGAAGUGUUGAUCCUUGGAUGCUUUGUUAUGACGCGCUAGGCGGCUAACGUUAGAUAUGUUUUUACAACUGAUGUGUGUAAAAGGUCAAUGCGAAAGAUCCUUUUGGAUUGCAGGUUCACCAGUUUAUUCAUCCCAAAGAAUGUACAAAUCCAGUAACUCCAAAAAUACAUGACAACGGCAUUUUAACGGACUCCACCACAGCAGUCAAAACUUGUAUGCCUUCCAGGUUCAACACCUACCUACUACCUGUUGACUCUCAGCUUAUAUACUUGAGCCUACAGCGCCUUCUGAUGAACAACAGAAAUUAUAACACAUAUUAGGCUUAACAUCCUCAGGUGAGUGCUAGUCUGAUAGCACUUAAUGAGUUUCUCAACACAAACAAAAAUAAACGUCACUCAACGAACUUUAUUUUGAUUAUUUACCUCUAAACUAAUCUUCUCUGCCCAAACACUACCUCUUACGUAAAGAGGAGUUGUCCUGGGCGUUGAGGAAAAACAUCCAUGUGUGGGUAAACAAAGGGUUAACUUCCAGCUAACCUCCGUACCUGUGGAAAAGAGCACGUUCAGCUACUUAAGUGGCGCGAUGCGGCGGGGUAGCUCUCGCUACCUGAACAUAUACACAGGAAGGCGUGCGAUGAGGUCCCGGCCUUCUUUUUCAGAUUGUGGGGAAAUCCCCUUCAAUUAGGGCUGCUUCUGGAGGCUUCAGAAGAAAAGCCAUGUCACGCUUGUCUCAAUACACCCUUUGUAUGAAUGAAUGUCGGACACUCAAACAGCAAAUCAUUACUUAACUUUGUUGCAUGUGAUCGUAGUCACUCUGGAUCCAAGUUAAAGAGUUAUGUCUGUUUGCCAGCACGAGACAUGCUGUCUCUCCUUCCAACUCUGCUGGGGACCUAUGUGGAAGAGGAAAGGCGAAAGGAUUCUCUGCCAGAAGGGAUUAGAUUCCUGCAAAAAUAUCAACAUGAUUGAGCACAAUCCCAACAAGUUUGUUUUCAAUUUAUGGAAUGUUGGACCAGAAGCAAUGGAGUUCACCUAUCAGUGUGAGAUCACAGUGACAAUAGAGAACGUGGAUCACACCGAAAGAGGAACACCAACCAAACUAAAGCCAGAUUUUGCUGUGAUCCAGCAUCAGUUCCAAACAGCCUCUAUCAGCUGUGAACAUGACGCAGAGGGAUUUCCCGUUAAGGAUGUUCAACUGUACAGAAUUCCACAGACUGGCCAAGAAGUGAUGCUCUGCCGGAAGGGACAAGAUUUCUGCAGAGAUAUUGACAAGUAUCCGCACAAUCCCCGCAAAUUUGUUUUCAUUUUACUGAAUGUUGGACCAGAAGCAAUGGACUUCACCUAUCAGUGUGCAAUAACAGUGGCAGUAGGGAAUACAGAUUACACCGAAAGAGGAACACCAAUCAAACUACAGCAAGAAAAGGACAGUCCAUCUUCUAAUGAGCUCACAUGGAUUCUGAUUGGUCUGCUGGCCCUGGUGUUCUUCUACAGCUGUGUAAUCACCUGCCUCUACGUCAGACUGACCGUGACUAUCUGGAAAAACUCCAGAGCUUCUGAGAACUCUACCUAUGUGGAAAUGAAGCCUCCUAAUCAGAAGAGUCAAUAUGAAGACAUUUACCACAUGCAAAUGUCUUCAGCUUAGUGUUUGUACUGAGUUUUUCUGAGGGUUGACAACUGCUUGUUUAAGGGCAGUAAGUGUUUAUUCUUUAGUUUUUAUAAGAGUGUGCUACCGAGUAUAACCAGCAGGCAGCGCCAAAUACUGCCCGGAAGACAUUGCGCACGUUCACUAAAAAAGUAUUCAGUACAUGGAUUAAAUAUUUUAAGGUCAAGACUACCUGGUCAAGAUGAUCUGAGCAAUAAACUGUGAUGAAUGUCAUGUAAAUGCAGUUUAAGGCAGCUUUAAAAAAGUUUUGUUUGGAUGGAAAAAUCUGACUGUUGCGGCUGUUCUGUGUCUGAGUCUAUAAUUACAAAAACAUUUCAACUGGCCUUUUUCUAUUUCUUGCUUUUAAUUUGCAUAGUGGUUUAUUUAAAAAAAAUUUAGAUUCAGUUUAUCCACACACUUAACAACCAUAGAUAUAACUUUUACUAUAGAUAUUUUGUAUUAUUGUUGUUUUUGUUUUGUUAAUGUUUAUGUAUGCUGGUCACCAACUGUCCUUCAAGGUAGUUUGAUGGAACUCCAACGCCUCCUUUAAAUAUUUGACGAGCUUCUGUGUAGAACCAGGUAAAGAAUUGUUAUUGCAAUAAAUGGUUCCAAUGUUUAUCAUAAAACUCAGAAAGAAUUUGAAGGAAGUAAAUAUAAAACACAAAUGCAAAGAUUAUGAAAAAUAAAACUUCAACUUGUCGUUGGGUAUGUCUACCUCUAGUGGAAAAGGAGGAAACCAUCAACCAUCAACAUGUAUCAAAUUGAUUUUAUUUCUUUAUUUGUAAAUGGUUUUUUUCUUGGGUUGUGUUCUUGUUAUGAUUUCUCAAAUUUUUUCCAAUAAAAACAUAAAUGACA